UUACUAACAGUCACUAACCUACCUGUAACUUUUAUUGACAGUCUAAUUAUUUUGCUGAAUAUGGGUAUACAUGAGUAUUUUUGGCAAUGCGACUUGGCUAUUUAGACUAUUUAAUAUUGCAUGAUUAUUUAUAACUCAGUUUGAAAAUGUAAAUGGCCUUUUUCACUUUGAAAACGCAAAUAAAAUGUUCUCCCCAUGUACCCCCUGAACCACUUUGCGUACCCCUGGGGGUACAUGUACCCCAGUUUGGGAACCGAGGGUUUAGAGGAUUCAAAUGUUUACAAAAAAAGAACAUACAGCCGAUGGAUCAGGAACACAAUAUUCUUUACUCCAAUGAACAACAACACUGACUCACAAGGCCUCAGCCGAGUCAAGGCUUGUUUUUGAAACACAAAAUCGAACUGUCAUGAAUUGAAGAUUUUGCCACUCAAUUGUCAGAGGAGGAGGAGUGAGAUUGGGAGCGGUUGCUUGUCAUAUCCAUAUUCCAAUGCCAAGAGGGUGGCACCAAGUAUCGUCUUCCCUUCAUUAUUGACCAAUCAAAUUAUACCUACUGUUGUAAAUUAUUACAGACACCGUCUGUUUGAUGCAACUCGUGACUCUCCGGUGCUGCUAGAGUGCCGGGGCUGUGCUAUUGGUGCCCAUUGCUUAGCUCUAACUUUAAGCUAAGCAACUUUUUAUUGCUUCUAAAUAAAUACUUGAUUGAUCUCUUCUCAUAUUUAGGAUAAACAAACACGCAACGACAUUCAUUAGCGUAGACUGACAUACAAUAUAUCCAGCUGCCAUGGCUCUAUGCAGAGGAAUGCUGUGGACCCUUAUAUUUCUUGGAUUUAUUUUUCUCAUCAUGUCCGUUUACGGAUGGGACAGGUUCCAUCGAAAAAGAGCUGAAAGGAUGCUUAACUUACAGGAAGGGAGAAAACAGCUGCUAAAAGAAAUCUGUGAAAAUGACAAAGAGGCCAUUUCUAAGGUGGAACACAGUCUUGAAGACUUGAGUGACAGUGAGCUGGAGAACCUCAUUGUGGAUGACAAGCACGGCAUCAUCUACUGUUACAUUCCCAAGGUUGCAUGUACCAACUGGAAGAGGGUGAUGUAUAUACUGAAACACGGGGAGCCAUAUCAGGAGCCUAGUUCCAUAUAUGAUCAGUACGUUCAUGGCUUUGACACCUUACGUCUUUUAAGCAGCUACCCAAGAAUAGAAAGGAAGGCAAAGCUGAAGCACUACACCAAAUUCCAGUUUGUACGGGACCCGUUCGUCCGUCUCAUCUCCGCCUUCCGAGACAAAUUCGAGGAUUCGAAGAACGACUACUACUAUAAGCCCCUCAGCCAACACAUCCAGCGUCUCUACGCCAGCCAGCCUUAUCCGCCACGCAUUACAUUUUACAACUUUAUUCAAUAUCUUAUUGAGCAGAGUGAGCAGAAUCUGCCCCUUAAUGCUCACUGGAGGCAGAUGCACCGUCUUUGCCACCCCUGCCUCAUACAGUAUGAUUUCAUUGGCCAUCUGGAGACUCUACAGGAGGAUGCUGAACAGCUACUGAACACCUUAAAGCUGCAGAACGACAUUAAGUUCCCUCCUUCCUAUGUCAACCUUACAACUGCUGAGUCUGUGUCAGGCUGGUUCAGAAAAGUGCCUCUAGUGGAAAGGAUGAAGCUGUACAAGCUCUAUGAAACUGACUUUAAGAUGUUUGGCUACAGAAAGCCAGAUGAAUUGCUUGAUGGUUGAGAGGAAGUCAUGAGAACUUUAUUCCUCUCUAUGAAACCAAUAAGCACAAAAGCCACAGCAGUCACUGCUCAGCCAAGAGCAAACAAUCGUUUUCUGUAUGAAGCGACAACCAUUCAAUAAAAGUGACUUAAUACAAGAAGCAAAACAAAAGACUGUUUCAUUAAAGAAAAAGAGUUGCAGAGAAAAUCUGUCCUAGCUGGAGAAGAUUAGAGCUCUCAUACCUGGAGUGUAUCAGGAGGUCUGACCGCAAACAUACAAAGAGAAUACAUCAUAAUCAUAAAGUCAUCUGUAUAAUAUUCCUGUGAGUAACUGAUGGUGAAAUGUUCGCUCUGCUUGAAGUGAAAACCUCUUUUCUCAGAGUGUCAUUCUGUUUUAGACAGGAAUCUGAACUAGGCGCACAGAGUACCGUGCAGUCUGUGUAUCUUCUACUAUAAAUAAAGUUAGUUGAAAGAAAA